AUGAAAACUAUAUUCAUUUUAUUUGUAAUUUUUAUUUCUUGUAUCUACAAAAGCAGUGGUUUCGAUGCCUUUGGUAGUAUUGACGAAAGUCAAAAAAACUCGAAACCAAUUUCAAGAUUUUUCGAUUACCAAAUCAAUUAUAAUGAAGAAUCUUAUACAAUGGCAUAUACAUAUCAGAACCUAAAUGAAAAAUACAACUAUGAUGUGGUUACUGUAGGAAAUUAUGAGUUUACAACAAACUAUCAUCCAUGGAUUAUUUUAAAUUCAACAACAGUUUUAUUAAAAAGUGAAUAUUUAUUAGAUUUUGCAACUUAUUCUGAUAAAGAUGGUUUUAAAAGAAUCUCAACUCCAUUAUUAAGUAAAUUUAAAUAUGGUGAAUAUUUUUGUAUAAAUAAAUAUUACGAUGAUACUUUAGAUAUUUUUAUUUUAGCAUCUAGAGAAAAGGGAAAUCAAGGUAUAUUCAUAUAUAAUUUAUUAAAUGAUACAAGUUAUAGUUUUAAAGCUGGAUUUUCAGCCGAAUUUGACUCAAUUGUUGAUUUAUAUUAUGAUAUAAAUGAAAAAAUGGUUUAUUUUGUUAAAACCCUCCCAACACAAGUAUUUACAUUGAAUGUUUUAACAAAUGAAACCAAACUAUAUAAUAUUGAUGCCAAACCUUUUGCCCAUGGAAAUAGCUUUAUUUCAGCAUAUAAGAACUAUAUUGUACUCUAUGAAGGUUUGAUGACAACUAAACUUACAUUAUAUAAUAUGGAAACCAAUGUAGCCAGUGUAAUUUUUGAAAAAGAUUACAGUUAUAGUAAUGAUUUGGUUACAGGUCUCAACUCACGUUAUGUUUAUCUUUAUAACUCUACAGAUAAUGGUGAUGGUAUUUUAUUUGAUUUAAUGACAAACAAAACUGAAGCCUUUACAUACACUAAAAGAAACCGUAAUUUAGAGGGCUACUCGACCAAAAUUAAUAAAAACAUUUUAACAGCAAUCAAUCCACAAUUAAGCUAUGUUAAAAUUCCAUAUGAUUCCUCUUAUUAUGAUCCAAACUACAAUCCAGAUAUUUCAUAUUCAAAUUCAAUCUUUAAUAAUAUCAAUAUAAUUUUAAUUGCUAUAUUAUUCUCAUCUUUUAUUUUAAUAAUUUAA